UGCUGGCUGCUUGUACACAUGACAGUAUUCUGCAGUAGUUUGGUGUUCUGUGUGUUGAAGGUGGCGACGCUGGCUGAAGGGAAGGAGUGGACGAUCGAGAGCUCGUCUGCCAGGAACUGGACUCCUCCACAGGCCAAGAGUGGCCUGAGCGCCGCCCACCGGUCCAGUGCCGCUGCGGGACAGAAUCAGACUCACUCCUCUGAUAAGGCGUUUGAGGACUGGCUGUCUGAUGAUGUCAACUCCUAUCAGAAGUGAGUUUGUGUGUUUCACUCAUCCAUCAUUACAUUCAGAUGUUUGAAGACAGAAGGCCUCCACUGACCAAGCAGAGUGUAGAGACAAAGAGACGUACUAAACGCUGAGACGACUUCAAUCAUUGACAUAUUGAUUAGC